AUGACGCUUUUAAUCGGUAUAGUCGCAUUUAUAUUUCUUCUACUAAUAUACAAGUUCCGAUCUAAAGACCCUAAACCUAUUUUUGGUGUUUACUCUGUGCCUGGGAAGUGGUAUUAUUUAAAAUAUGCAGUGUUCGCCGGCAUAUAUUACUAUAGAAAGUAUUCAAGUAAGGCCGCUGGUAGAGAUGGUCGUGCUGGACAAGGAAUGAAGGCUUUAGCGAACCCUGGAGAUAUGGAUCGUGCACAGAUUCUCAGCGAUCAUGCCAAGGCUUUCGACGCUGUGUUCUUUAUAUCUGCCACAGACAUCGAUGACAAAGGUGUUUACGUCAUAUCCGGUUGUGAACGUAGACCUAUGGGCAUGUGCAAUGGACUCUUCUACAUUGGGUUACCAGGCAAAGGACUGCUGUGCAGUAAAAAACUACCAGACACCGUACUUUUUGGCGCUGACAUUGGUGAAUUUGGUGCCGAGGGAAUUAAAAUGGCUCCCGUAGAACCUAUGAAGAAAUGGGCUAUAUCUUACAAAGGUCAAAUGUGGUAUCAGAACGACCCCAGCAAGACGGUAAACGUUGACUUCCAAGGCGAAUGGACAGCGACCAGCCAGUUCUUUGACUUUGACUCGGAUCUGUACCCGGCUACAGUCAUCAGAUCAAUAGCGAGAGAAACCUGGAGCAGAGACUACUUCGAAAGACUGAAGACAGCUCACCAAUCUCACUAUGAACAGUUUGGUGUCCUAAAAUGUAAUUUUAAAAUAGAUCAAGAAUCGUUCGUGUACAGCAUGCCUUCGUUUAGAGACCAUAGCUUUGGUCAGAGACGAGAUUGGAGUUUAAUGCAUCGAUAUGCGUUUCAUCACAUCUUCCUCAAAAAUGGUGUCAGUAUUAGCGUUGGUGUCAUCUGUCAACCAUCAACAGCAUCGGUAUUCGAAGCAGGUGAAGUAGCGUUACCCAACGGGAAGGUUCUGCCUAUAAAAUGGGUAGAUCUACGGCUACAUAAUCACGGAGAGAAUGGACAGGCUCCGAGAGACUAUGCCUUCAGGUUCGGGGCUGGAGAUGAACUGUAUACAGUUCAGGUUCAAGUGGAGUACGAGUCAAUACACUACGUUUCUGACGAGUGGGAAGCCCGGAUGGUGGAGCGAUUCUGCAAGUUCAUGGUGAACAAUAUGCCGGGCAGGGGAGUCUCCGAGUUCCACUACAGACAUAAAGGCGGACGACCGGAAUCUGUUGCUAAAAACGACCCGGAGUGGUACAGGAAAAUGCGUCAUAAAGCCACUGACUCGCUACCAAAUGGAGAACUUCUCUAAUAGUAGAGCAAUAACGCAACUAUUAAGAGAUUGUCCAUUAAUCACGUGAGGCUUGAAACAAUC